CUUUUCAAGCUAAACAUUAAAAGCAGACUGCAGCUGUUCAUUUAUGAUGGAAACAGACCAGUCCUCGCUGGGUCACUUUCUUCUCUGAACAAAAUGAAAGCAGAUCUCAGUACGGAAGAAUCUGUGCUGUUUCCAGAGACGAAGAACGCUGCCCUGUUGGAUCAACCUGCAGCUGUUGCUCGUAACAAUCCCGCCUUCAGAAAUGAUGGUUUUGGCCCACGUGUGUUUAGGUUUUGGGAGGAGACCUCCCUCCCACCACUGGGCUGAGCAGGCAGGGAGGGAGGCCCUUUGGCUGCAGGAGAGCAGAGAGGCCUCCCAGCUACUGCAGCGCCAUGGCUCGGCUGGAUGUGACUGAGGUCUUUGCCAACAUGCGCCUGCCAGGACACCUCCACACCCAGAGCUCUCUCCACUUUGCCAGCAACUUUGAAUUCCACGACUCGGAUGUCCUCCUCGUCACUUACCCCAAAUCAGGCACCACGUGGAUGCAAGAAAUCUUGACCUUGAUCUACAGCAAUGGCAACCUCGAGCCUGUAAAGACUCUUCCCAACUGGGCUCGGGCUCCCUGGUUGGAGCACAGUUAUUUCCAAGAGCAACUUCAGCACAUUGGGUCUCGUCCGCGCCUCCUCACCACCCACCUGACCCGGACAGCGCUAGCGCCUGCCCUGAAGAAAGCUAAGCCGAAGGUGAUCUAUGUGGUCAGGAAUCCAAAAGAUGUUGCUGUGUCCUACUACCAUUUCCAGAGAAUGGCCAAGUUCUUCCCUGAUCCAACCUCCUUUGAAGACUUCCUUCACAAUUUCAUGGCUGGCACCGUGCACUACGGUUCCUGGUUUGAGCAUGUGAAAGGCUGGCUCAGCUGCCAAGAAGAGCUGGGCCUCUUCUGCAUCACCUACGAGGAGCUCCAUCAAGACCUGAAACACUGUGUGGCACAGCUGAGUGCCUUCCUGGACCACCCAGUUGAGCCAGAUCAGGUGGACUGCAUAUUGGAGCACUGCAGCUUUGCUGUCAUGAAAGAAAACAUCAUGGUGAAUGGCAGACUUGUUCCUCCUGAGAUCAUGGAUCUUCAGAAAAGCCAGUUCAUGAGGAAAGGUAUUGUUGGUGACUGGAGGAACCACUUCUCCCCCAAACAGAGCGCUCUCUUCAAUGAGAAAUACCAGGAGGAAAUGGGAGGCCAUCCCUGGCCCCUCCAGUGGGACAUGGACUGACAGCAGCUGCUCCAAGACCUGGGCUGGCCUUUGCAAGUGGCCACCCAGGACCAGCUUGUCUCAGGAAGGCAGCUCAAGUGUGGGACUUUCUUCCACUGGGAAAAGUUACUGGGAGGUCACCCAACAAGAUGUCAUACCAAUCUGGGGCUGCGAGAUAAUUCUUACACAGUCAUUAAAAGCUGCAAGGUAGCAAAUUGGAUGACUACAAACAGAUGGAAACAAGCCAGUCACUCAAAGGAGGGGACCAAAUAAUUUCCUUUUAAGAAGGGUGGACAGAAGGCUAAAUGCAAGGGGGAUUUUAUGUUUACAGUUAAGGGCUUGUUAGAGUCACACCAGUUGCUGGAAAUCUUCUUCCUUUCUUCAGUAAAUCUGACUUAUUUGCAGUGUCCCCAGGGGUGCACACCCCUGCUUGGAGCCAGAGAGUAGCCCAAAGGCCAGUAGACGCUUCCUCUCCUCCCUUCCUGGCAAGCAGAGGGUGCUCAGGAGGACUUUUGGUGGAGUCUGAAAGGGGCUUUCAGUGAGCUGGAGAGAGCACAGCUGCACAGAUAUCCUCCGGCAGCUGCCUUUCUAGCUGUGCCUCUCCCCUUUCCUCUUCUGCAAAUGAACUGGCCGAAGUGUAGAGUAAGAAUGAGCCAUUGUCCCCAGUAAACAGCAGGACAUUGUCCAGCAUGAGAAGAACAGGCAAAUCUGCAAUUCUGUAGCACAAUCAUCAUGGAGAUGCUAAGGAUGCUAACAGGAGACUUCAAGUCACAGCCUGGCCCUUCCUGGCCUCUGGACCGUCCUCCAGAUGUGCUGAAGAGCAGAUUCCCUCUCUCCUGUCCUCUGGGUGGUGGGAACUCUAGUUGAAUGUGUUUGAAAGAGAACAUCAGGCUGGGGAGAGGACAUCCUGCAAACACCAUGUGCAUCAGAGUCCCACAUGGGCAGAAAGUAACUUUUCUUUCCAGAACUGCAGAUAAGUCACAUGUGUGGAAGAGAGCAGGGUUUCAUCUCUUUGAUUAGUAAGAUUUUCUGCUGGAAUAUUGCGGUGAGAGUAUUUCCCUCCCCUUCUGUCCAUCAGGAUAUUGUCCUGGCCGAGGAACAAAAUUCUCAGUGGCAACUUCUUCCAAGUAACUCAACCUAUUGGUUAGUAGCACCCUUUCUGCCCCCUCCCCAAGGAACCCACUGCAAUAGGAAAAAAUAUUAAAUCCAAAACACCUUUAUUUUUAUUUAAUACAUUUAAAUUUCAUCUUUAAUAUGUUUUAUCCAAGAAACUACAGUAAAUAAUUCAAUAAUGGCAAGA